GAUUUAAAAGUCUACAUCCGAAACAAAGGAGAAUAAGUGCAAAAUGUAUCGCAAAGUUAUCCCUUCCGUGCUUGGUAUUUUCUGUUUGGCAUUGGCAGUUCAGAGCCAAAUGCCAGAGGGAUUCGAUCUAGACCAAUUUUACGGUUGCUUCACUUAUGCUCUGUGCGAUUCAGACGGACAAGCCCAUCAGGACAUAAUGAAAUGCUUCAAUUCGCCGACUGAUCAGCAAAAAAAAACCGUUAUCAGCUAUAUUGAUAAAAAUUACUACAACUACAAAACCAACCUGGCAUCCGAAGCAAUACAAAAGUAUUGCAGUAAAAGCGGAGAUGAUCAAAUGAAUGCAUUUAAACAGACCCUCAAGGGUGUUGACGGCUACCAGAAAAUGACAUGCAAUUCUUCAAAUAUGCAGCAACAAUGCAAAACUGCAACAGAGUUGGCGAGCUGCUUUUUCUCUCUUCUUGGAAAUCUCAAGGAAAGGGAACUAUGCAAUAUAAAACCAUGAGGAAAACAAAUACAAAAAGUUGUUAGAUCGAUAAAACAUCUUUAUUUGUAAACAAAAUUAAAAGGUUUUUGAGAAAUAAAAUUGUCAUAUACAUUUACAA